ACACGUCCGUUUUGCUUGAUCGAUCAAUCCAAGACCUGGGGGAUUAAUGCAUAUUCCCUAGUGCCCGAUUCUUGGGCCCUCUCUAUUUCAACAUCUGAUCCUCACUCCUCGGUCUUUCGACACACUUUCACCCCGAGGGUCUGCUUCCAUAUUUCAGAGUGUCCUCAUCACCCUACCCGGUUCUGUCAAGCCGUCUAAUCGAAGCGCGAAGGGGCUUACUCUUCACGCAACUGGUCUGUCUUCGAUCUACCAGGCAACACCAGCCUAACUACUCAAUAUACAAGAGAGCUUUACCGAAUUCGUCAUCCCUCAACUCCCGCGUAGAUUUUCGCUCAAAAUGGCGACUAAUCCGUCGUUUGCUACUCAACCACACUUCCCUUUUUCUGCGGACGAUGAAAAGGGCUGUUCCAAUAGGGUUGCAAAUGAUCUUGCCCCUGGUCAGUUUCUUCCCCUGGGAAACAACAAGGGCAAUGAAGAAAUAGGUCUCAGUCAUGGAGGAAAGAAUGAGCUGUCUAAAGCCCCUACCAAUGCCAGUCACGUUGGCACACUGGCCACCAGAACCUUGACCCUUGUCCGCACCAGGGAGUCUGGAAAGGACCUGGGACCUUCCCCCGAUGGAGGCUUCAAGGCGUGGUCACAAGUAGCCCUGGCGCAUUUUGUCAUUUUCAACACUUGGGGUUACAUCAACAGCUUUGGUGUCUUUCAAACUUAUUAUACCGAAGCACUCGGACGAACGCCGUCCGACAUCUCUUGGGUAGGGAGUAUCCAGAUCUUCUUACUUUUCUUCAUCGGGACUUUCUCUGGUCGCGCCACAGAUGCUGGGUAUUUCAAAGCCGUCUUGACCCUGGGGGCUGCUCUAGAGAUAUCCUGCAUCUUCAUGACCUCUCUCUGCACGAAGUACUGGCAGCUGUUCCUGGCUCAGGGCAUUGGUCAGGGUAUCGGCUGCGGGCUCAUGUUCUGUCCGACUAUUGCGCUCAUUCCUACGUACUUUACCAAGUACCGCGCCAUUGCGAUUGGGAUUACGGCUUCGGGUUCCGCCACCGGAGGCCUGGUUUUCCCAGCAGUCGUUAUGCGACUGCUGCCUCGAAUUGGGUAUGGGUGGACGAUGCGAACUUUGGGAUUCAUAUCCUUAGCGACGUUGAUUCCCUGCCUAGUUUUUCUCCAGCAAAGACUGCCUCCGCGCCGCAGCGGGCCCCUAGUCGAGUGGGGGGCGUUCAAGGAAGUCCCCUAUGCUCUAUUCGCUCUGGGUAUGUUCCUCAACUUCUGGGGCAUCUAUGUGGGGUUCUUCUAUAUCGGUAGCUUCGCGCGUGACAUCAUCAGAGUUUCCAACUCGACCUCGAUUGAUGUCCUCCUGGUCAUGAAUGGAAUCGGACUGUUAGGCCGGUUGAUCCCCAACCUGAUGGCCGACCGGUACACAGGCCCCUUGAACAUGCUGAUCCCGUUCAGCCUGGUGACGGGGAUUGUGGCGUUCUGCUGGGCAGCGGUCAAGAGUUACAACGAGCUGUAUGCCUUUAGUGCGUUCUACGGACUGGCUGCCGCGGGGAUCCAGUCGCUCUUCCCUGCAACCUUGAGUACGCUCACCACCGACCUGAAGAAGACGGGCGUGCGAAUGGGCAUGGUGCUCAGUGUGGUAGCUGUCGCGGCCCUCAUUGGCACACCAAUCGCUGGGGCGUUGGUAGAUCGAGAUGAUGGACAAUAUCUGUAUGCGCAGAUGUUCAUGGGCAGUGCUAUUCUGGCUGGGACCUUGACAUUGAUUGCGGCGCGAGUGACGAAGCAGGGGCUGGUCUGGCAACGCGUUUGAGGGCAUGGGACAGGAAUCCGGGGCGGGAAUAUGGGGUAUAAGACUGAGACUCGGAGCUGAAGAUAUAAACCAUCUACUAUCUAGUAGUUGUUGGAAUAGUCCUUGCGCAGUAGAGGCGAAUAAGCCAAUGACAGACCGCGUCUUAGUCAGGCCCUGCCCUCCCCGCCUGCUCUGGGCAACUGGCGGCGUGACUCAACCCCCUUCUUCUCUUUCUUCGUCUUCCUCUUCGUCAUCUACUACUACGAGUAAAUUUCCUGGUCGACCUUGCCCUUGCGGUGUCGGAGAUUCUGGGCGGUGCCGCUGGUUUGUUUUCUCCCCCGCUUCGGUCCCUCCAAACGCCCUCAGCUGGUUUCA